AAGCACCUACCUUCACGCAAAGCUAGUUGCUCUUCCUGGCUUGCACCACUUACAACUACAAAGUCAACAUUUUGCUACACAUAAGUAUCAGUGGAGCAACUCAGAGUUACUUUACCAGAAACGCGAUUCAGAGCAAGGCUCAAGGCAAGGGGGGCUCUCGCAUCGCCAGCAAUAAACUCGAACCCGCCAACAAAACCCGCCCUAACCCGCCCCUUGUCCCGUCCUUCCCGCGCCCCCCUUGUGCUGGUCCUUGUUUUUCUCACAUGUUGAUGUCAGAACUUGCAUUCUUCAACCCUGAAGUAGACAAUAUUUCCCAUGUACCGCAUCGCUUCGAUUGUCAAGCAAAAACCUUACUGUUUAGGUUACAUGUCAACAGAAGAAGAUACCUCAGCCAAAGUCUACAGACGUCGAUUUUCCCUCCAGGACAGCCUCAUUUUCCCCAGUCUACAUACCCUACCAUUCAGUCUCCAUCUCCUGCAAGCCCACACCGCCGUUACGGCGAAGGAUUCUAUAUGGACAGGGGUAGGUGUGCGGAUUAGCAUAUCAAGAGCAACCACGAUGAUAAACAUCAAGUUUAAAAGGCUGAUGAGCUGGUCAGCAGCUCCGUUGUAUUCAUGCAGGUGGGGAGGGAUGUUUGGAUGUUGACGUGGUGGACUUUGUGAGGACUCGGGGUUUUGCCUGCUUAAGCUAGGUGAGAACAGCCAGCUGUUGUUGAGGUUGUGUUGUUAACCUACCUUUGUUGUGCUGGUACGGAUGUAUGAGUUGUUUCCCUGAUGCUAGUGUGCUGGCCGGCGCCCAGGCUGAUAGUCGAGACUCGAUGGGGUAUAUGGUACACCGUUACAAAGCAAGCCGGGGUUUUUCUCGAUCGCAAGAACGUCCAGCAGGUGCAUGAUGCUGUUUGAAGAUUCUUAGAAUUCUUAGUAGUCACUCGGUCUCGUUCAGUAAUAGAUAGGUACCGUCG